AUGGAUGCAACAUCCAACUCAAAACCCAGCACCAACAUUUCCAGUCAGCCUUUGAAACGAGUUGCACCUCGAGAAGAUCUGAAUAUUCCUUGGUACCUGCUAGUUGCGCGUGGCGAGCUUGCGUACAGUAACGAAACCCAAGCAUGCUGGAGAGACUCGACGGAGGACGAACAACGUGUUCGCUGCGAGAAUAUCAUGAGGAUAGCUUUCUACAUCGUCGGCGUGGACCCAGAUGAUUAUUCCAUCUGCCUUGAAGCCUGUGUAGAGAAGGCCAUGAGUACCAAGCUUCUGUCUACUACUGCAUGGACCAGCUGGAGUGGACACAAAAGCCUCAAAGCCAAAAUGAAGCUUGUCCAGCAAUAUACUGACUCCACGAAACAGGUCCACUGCCCUCCAGCACCAAUAAUAAUGGCAGCGGUGGCACUGAAGCUAAUCCGAAAAGUUGAGGGCACUGGGACAGAUGAGUCAACCAUCUUGAUUGAACAAUACAAAACUUUCGGCAUGGCACCAACUGCAAUUCACAACUACGCGGGCAACGAAGAACGUCUUAUUCGUAUCAUGUACAAACUCGUUCGACCGACGACUGAGCAAGAUGAGCCUAUCACUGAGUCUCUGCGUGAAGUGAGUCUCGAUGUGGACUCCUUUCGGUCUAGCAGACACUUUGAGCCUGGUAGGCGAAGCAAUGCAGCGCAUCGUUCUUCAUCCGGCAAACCAGACGAUACUACCGCAGAUAACAAGAUCGAAGAGAGGGAAACGCUCGCGGUGGAGGUCACAUGCGAGUUGACCAGAGGCCAGGCAGAAGACGAGCUUAGAGACAUACUCGACCUCUUCAAAAGCAAGCAAGACACCUCCCUCCAGUCAAUAAGCUAUCCGUCUUCAAAUGGGCAAAAGCAACCAAAGACGAUCGAAUCCUCGGCCUAUUUGGAGUGUCGCUGGAUACUGGACAAAUACACCUGGACAGAGGUAGUCGAGAGGCCCAUGUCAACAACGUGGUCCAAUCACCCAGCAUUUGCCAUUUGGAACGAGACAAAAGAGCUCGUCAGCAAGAAAGACAACCCCAAGCGCAUACAAAAGAGACUCGAUAUGCUGCGUGAGAUCCUCGUGCGCGAAGCCUUUGAGAAGCAAGACAGCAAGCCGCUGCCAGAUACCCGGACGCAGAACCAAACUGCAGAGCUGCGCGACGAGAUUACGGCCAUCAAGCAAAACCUGGAGAGCGUUCAACGACACACCGACAGCCUCAAGAGGCAGAAUGACGAGGUCAUUCAGCUGUUGAAGGAUGAAAAGAGGCGCAAGUCGGUGUGCGUUUUUCAAGAUCAACUGGACGACAUUUGA